AUGUCUAGUAAAAAGGGAGGAAUAACUAAAAAACAUUUGCUUUUAGCUAAACUAGUGACUGGUAAAAAAGCCCCUUGUGUAUUUUGUCAACGCAAUGUUGAUGAUGAAAUCAUUUAUGGAAAGUUGUACGCUAUAGGAGAUAUUCAGUGUCAUUAUUUUUGCGUGCUGCUUUCCUGCUGCCUGAUACAGAAAGGUAACGAUGAAGAUGGUCUCUUUGGAUUUCUCUAUCCAGAUAUCAUUGCUGAAGUUGAAAGAAGUAAAAAGCAUAAAUGUUCUUACUGUGGUCGGGAUGGUGCCACAUUGGGUUGCAGCGUCAGCCAAUGCCGAAAGCAGUUCCACCUGCCUUGUGGUCGGGAGCGGGAUGCAGUAUCGCUUUUCUACGGUAACUAUAAGACGUUUUGUAACAAACAUGCUCCAAAACAGAAGAUAACUGAUGAAAUAAUGGCCAAGGUUAAACUUCGGUCACUUUCUCAGAGGAAAAUGAAGCAAUUGAAAAAUCAAGAAAUGACUAAGCAAAACCUUCUAGACACAACCACCAGCUGUGAAAAUGAGAAUAAAAUGGUUCAACAUGAAGAGCAGAAAGAAGAGAUGGAGGCAGUUUGUGUGAUAUGUUACGAGACUGUUGAUGGAUAUCCUACGUUGAGGACAUUCUGGCCUCCAUGCUGUGCAAGAGAUGCGUGGUUCCACAGAAGCUGUUUACAGCGCAUGGCACUAAGUGCCGGAAUGCACUAUCUGAAAUGUCCCCUUUGCAACGAAAAGGAAAUAUUCUACAAAGCUGUUCUAAGUCAAGGAUACUAUGUACCAGAUCGGGAUGCAGCGUGGGAGCUAGAACAGAAUGCGUUCUCGGAGAUAUAUGAGCGUCCCGUCUCCUGUGCAGCACCGGAAUGCUUAUGUCCGAUGGGAAGAGACCAUGACGCUGAUUCUGGGGCGUGGGACAUAAAGCUGUGCGUAUUGUGCGGAAGCGCCGGCGCGCACGAACAGUGCCGGCAGCGGCAAGACUCGAGCCGCUACGUGUGCGCUGUAUGUGCUCCAGUGGCACCCCAGGACAUCGACACACUCGCCGACUGCUUGGAGACAGUGGUCCUUCAAGCGGAGCCUCAGGAGCCGGAAGUGCGUCGCGGCGUGCCGAUGCCCAGCCGGAUGUCGCUGCGCCGCACCAAGCAGCGGACCUUGGCCAGUGAACGAGCUUCAAGUUCGAACAUCGAAAGAAAUGCGGUGGCAAACAAAACCGAGAAGGAAGAAGCAGACAGCGACGACUCGGUAAAGGAUCCUGAUUAUGAAGCCCAACCAACAAAACAUGCUGAGUAUUCUUCUGAUACUGCCGAGGAACAAAAUAUCACUACCAACUAUACAAAUAUUUCGGAUGAUCAUAAUUUGCUAACAUCUAAUAUGGUUUCAAUAAACAUUGAAAACUACGAGGAACCACUUUCGUCUACAAACGAACAUGCUAUAGUAUUCAACGAUCCUGGUGUCAUAGAGAACAGUGAACUUUCUGCGAUUGAAAACGUAAGCAAUGAAAAUGCUGCAAGUCCAAUAGUGUAUAAUUCUAGUCCAACUAAAACUGGUAAAAAAAGAAGACUAAAUGAAGCAAACUGGAAAGUUAAUGUAGCUAAACGACUAAGAAAUAGUGGACAUACGCAGAACGAGGGCGAUUCAGUUCACCCUCAAAUAGAGAGAGAAGUUAAAAGGCAACUGAGAUCAGGACCAAUGUAUACACCUGACGCUUUUAUCGGGGCUAUAAAGGCGGCACGGAAUAAAAGCGAGCCAUUUCAUGUCAAUGAAAUGUGUUUCGAUGAUUUCUUUGAUUGGAAAAGUAUAUGCACUCAAAUGAACUUUGCGAUAAUGAAAGAUGAAGACAAUAAUACUGUGAAACUGGCUGGACUCAAGAUGAUUAAAGUUCAAAGUUCUGAUCCCGAUGCCAUAUUUUUCAAAGAAUCAUACGCUGAAGAAUUAUUCAAGAAAGCUAUAGGUGAUGAAAUCCCAAAAUCCGAUAUCACAGCGAGCCGACUGGAAUUGAACCUGAAACCACCGAAGAAACCACCCCGGGGCAUCCUCGAACCUUUGAACAUGUUAAAGGACAUAGAAAACAUAUUGAUAUCCCCCCUCAAAAUAUUCGAGCAAGGAUUGUACGAGAGGAUCUCUAAAGUGGGGAUAAAAGAGUUGAAACUGGACUCGAACCAGUUAAUCGAGCAGAUGAGGCAGAGGUUCAAAAAACCUAGGCCGUUGGUUGAGAAGAAGAAAAUUAUCAACGACAUAUUAGAGAGCAUAUUCGAGAGUCUACACAAAGACAAAACGAAAACAAAAGAGCCUAUAAAAGAAUGGAACUCACCGAAGAAAUGCUCCGACAGUGAAAUUGAAACCAUUGAGAAAAUUUUGAUAGAAAAUAACAAUCCCACUACUGAACAAAACAAAGUGGACUUCGAAGGCAUAGACACUAAUGAAAACCCACCAAUUGUGCUAAACAAAGAAACUUUAAAUCUAAUUGAGGAUAAUGCUAUGCUUGUUGAUAGUGGAGAUGUACAAGACAUUGGUAAAGAAAUAGAGAGAGAUAGCGAAAGAAAAGAGACAGAUAAUUCUUCAAACAGCACAUUUCACCUGCCCCCAGAGUUUAUUGCUGAAGAGAGCAGCAAUGAGAGUCUUGCAAUAGUCGACACACCGAAGAAAUUCAAGCCGGUGCACAUACAAAAGGACUCCAGUAUGGAGAUUUCAAAAAACAACGAAACUGUCAACAUUGACGUUGUUAAAUUAGAAGAGACAGAGACCAAAAGCGAUUUUAUAAAUAGUCUUGAUAUAAAAAGUCCAUUCAAAGCAAAUAAAUGCGCUUUUAAGUUCAGUCCAUUGGACAAAGAAGUGCUGCAAAGCAAUAAACUCGAUAUUGAUGUGGAGUGUUUCAAAAAUCACUACCUGAAUGAGAUUGACAAGGACUUCAAAUGUACGUUCAACCAUCAGCAUGUGGAAAAUGAGAAGGCAGACGGUAAGCUGACAACUGCCAUCGAUUUUGCUAUGAAUGCUUACAAAACUGAGAGAAAACAGCGGGCAGCAGUUAAAAGAAAAAUUUUAGAACAGGAAGCAGUUGCAAAGAAGAGAAGACGCGUGUCUCCCAAAAAGAAUGUCCACAUCAAAUGUAAUCUGAAAUUAAAGUCAGAUGUUCGACUAAAAAAACUGGAGCCGACGUAG